AAUUGCGACUUUCCACCUUACCCGCACAGCAAAGUCGGCCGCUGCUGCUAUGGUCAAUUCUACCGCCCGUCCUCCUCCGCCGUACUGUUUAAAUCUCGAGCAGCCAUGGAGGAGAACUGAAGUUCUGUUCUUGUGAGUUGUGAACUCCUCGGGAUCUCAUUAGUGACUGCUAAUUAGCACAUUACUGGAGAUGGAUAAACUAUCGAAUUCAUUUUCACUCCUCGAGUUAGACUCUGAAGAUUCUAAGGUGGAAAGUUCAGUUGCCGAUAGAGGAACAUGGGACCAUUCGAAAGAUGAAAUUGUGCCUGCAAAUGGUAGCGAUGAUCAACAAACCAGUGAAACGGCCUCGGAAAUAUUUAAGAUGCCACUUGUCUGGAUCGACCUGGAAAUGACUGGUUUGAAUAUUGAAGUUGAUAGAAUUCUGGAGAUUGCUUGUGUGGUCACAGAUGGGAAUUUAACCAAGUCAAUUGAGGGACCCGACUUCGUUAUUCAUCAAACUAAAGAAUGUCUUGAUAAGAUGGGGGAAUGGUGUCAAGAACAUCAUGCAGAAAGUGGUUUGACGGAGAGGGUUCUUGAAAGUACAAUAAGUGAACAAGAAGCUGAAAAGCAGGUUAUCGAAUUUGUGAAGAGAUAUGUGGGCGCAUAUGUGCCUCUCAUAGCAGGAAAUUCUGUCUACAUGGAUCUUCUGUUUUUAAGGAAAUACAUGCCAGAUUUGGCUGCCCUUUUCUCCCACGUCAUCGUUGAUGUCAGCAGUGUCAAGACAUUAUGCCUACGUUGGUACCCAAGAGACAAGAAAAAAGCUCCAAAAAAGAAGAACAAACACAGAGCAAUGGACGAUGUCAAAGAAAGCAUAGCCGAGCUUAAGUUCUACAAGGAGAACAUAUUCAAACCCAAGUCUAAAAAGUGAAAGACAGACAGCAUUUUGGGUUGCAAACUUCUUUCUUUCUAUCUAGCCAAGCUUCAACACUGUGAGAACAAUGUGAUUGGAGAGAAAGGAAAAUGCAUUUCGUUGUACUCUUUUUUCUGGGUAAUAUAUAUGGGUUGUGUUUUGAGAUGUGAAGUAACAAUUCCAAUGAACCAUAUUCACUGUACUAAAAGUCGGCUUAGGCGCUAGGCUGUCCAAAGAUUAGGCGUCGCCUAGGUGGGCUAGACAGUUAUGAAGCAAUUCUAAUUUUUACAUAUGAAAUUUAUAUUAAUUAUAUAAUAAAAAAUAUUAAUCAUUAUUUCACAAUUAUUAUAAUAAUUAU